CAUUUUUUGGAGUCAAAAAAUCAAACCAUCUACAUUAACGACCCCCGGGUCUUUUGUGGUCUCUAUUGCAAGUUUCUGCUCAAACCUAGGAGUCCAAAGGCUUGAAUGGGGAGGGAACCCAAACCUCUUUUACUCCAAGGAACCUUCCACCCCAGUGUUUGAACUGACGACCUUUGGAUUGUGAGUCCAACCGCCACCAGCGAUUCCACCGGAGUAGGCUUGGUUUGGUGUGUUGUUUGUACUUAUGGCAUGGAGACGACUCCUACACCUGGAAUGACUUAAUGGCCUAACAACCAAGGCCGGGACCGACAUUUUACUUCCUCAUCCGAUGGAAGGUUGCAGCAGAUGGGAAUCGAACCCAGAGUCAUCCGCUUACAAAGCGGACAUUUCCUGGAAACUGAAAUCAUAAAUCACAACCUCAAAUGCCAUAGGGACGUAGCGUUACAUCGUGCUGCCAUCUGGUUUUUUAAGUGCAAAAGUGGAAAAGUGCUGAGUCAUCGUCUAAAAGUAGACGGCGUCCUAUCUCGCCUAGAGAUCCUAAAAAGGGAGACUGGUCGAAGUGAAUUUGAUGUACCCAAACCACCCAAACAGACACGAGUGUGACGUAUCCAAACGAGCCUUUACGCCCAGCAAAACUUACCAGUAUUGCCAAGCUCAAAACAUACGUUGCCAGAUCGAUUAAGCAAACUUAGACCAGUCUACCUAUUUGGGGACUCUAAUCUCGCCCAGCAAAAUUAAGUCGAUAAAGUAGCCGAUUUUAAUGGAGAAAAAGUGAAAAACGUGGUCUAAAACUAGCGACGCCAUACCCUUAUGUACUUUUAUAAAUAAAUAUUGUUAUAUAAAUAUUUGAAAAUCUUUUUAAACAUCUGUACUUGCACGAAAUGUAUUUGAAGAUCAAAAAAUAAGCUCCAGAGAAGAGUUUUAUGAAGUUAUAAGGGUUAUAAUUCAACUGACUUAAGGUUUAGCACCGUCAACUGGGGUGAAUCGGGACACAUGGGGCAAAUUGUGACAGCUGUGUCAGCCUCGUUACUGUUAAAUAAUUAUAAAAUUAGUACUGUCAUAACAGUUUUUAAGUAGCGAAUUACGAAUAUUAAUAUACUUUUCUAAAACUUCAGGCUAUGUCAUGGAGUACGAGUUUCCAAUUUCAAAGUUUAUUCGCCGAGUCGUUGAAAAAACUAGUCUGCAUGGAGUUUUUCAUCUAACCAACGCUAAAAGUGUCUUGAUAGAAAAGUUAUUUUGGGCGUCCAUCAUUCUUUCCGUGAUCGUCUCCUCCAUCUAUCUGGUGGCCCUGUUCUGGGUGCGGUACCUUACCAACCCGACCGUGAUUUCCCUCGACCGCAACUACCACGAGUGGAACGCCACAUUUCCCAGCUUGACGGUGUGCUUUCACGACCGAUUAAACCUAACUGCGCGGGAUGCUCUGACGAACCGUGUCAACCCCAAAGAUCCAGCGAAAUUCAAACGGUUUCUUGCGACGCUAGCCGAGGCGCAUCUGUUUCGCUUGGAACAGUUGAUAGAGUUUGACGAGUAUAGUGAUUUGGAUUUGAAAAGCGUUCUGAACCAAAUCUCCAACGUCGUUGAUGCGGAAGUGGUGCUGGAAAAUGGCCUCAAAGCGAAGCUGCAUCGAGUUAUUACAGAUUUGGGGAUUUGUUAUACGUUCAACUCGGCAAUUUUACAAUUUCUUUCUGUGGAGCCCCUGUCUGACGAAGAUCUUCGAUCUGGUUUGGUUGAAAUAAGCAUCAUUGAACGUGACACGGCGGCAACAUUGAGUAAUUUGACAUCGAAUGGAGAUAUCUACUACCACGGUCCGUUUGAGGCACCCACAGUCCUUAAGAAGCUUCUCGUCAAAACUGCAGUGUCAUCGUUCCUGACAAUGACCUUCAAACCGGUAACGGUUACGGCAGAUUCCACCAUUGAGAAUCUUUACGUCCAGCAACGGAACUGCCGUUUCCCACACGAGUCCAACUUGGAGUUCUUUGUUGGAUUUUACACCAACAGUUUGUGCAUGCUGGAAUGCCGGCUCAAAUUGUGCCUCGAUUUUUGCGGUUGUGUUCCCCACUUUUAUAAUACGGCAGUUCGAUUACCGAUAUGCCCGUUGAAACGCUUGAGAUGUCUCGUGGACAACAAUGUGAAAAUUCGCCAAGGUCUCGCCUCGUGCCGGUGCCUCAAGGAUUGCAACUCGAUCGGGUUCACGUUGCAAAAUUACGUGCUGUUCGACUGGUUCAAGGCUCCGCUCAUCAAGUGGGACAUGGAGUUCCAGAAGGUCCGGUACAGUCGACGCAUCAUUUUCGGAUUUGCCGAUGCGAUGGUAUCAACUGGAGGAAUAUGUGGAUUGUUCUUUGGAGCAAGCUUUGUUACUGUUGUAGAGUUGUGUUACUUGUUUUUGAGGAACAUUCUUAAAUAACAAUGUCAUUUGAACAUAUAGACACAUAAGAAAAAAUCAAGCAGAAGAUGCUUCUGUGGCAUAAACAAAAAAAAUAAUCUGCUAAAAAC